GAUUUGUAAUAGAUAUAUCUAUCAAUCCAUGUAUGAAAGUUUGUGACACAUAUAGACUGAAUUAAGACUAGAAUAAAAGCCAUGAACACGUUGCGCUGAUAACAAACAAUAGGACAAACCUAAAGGGUCACUGUUUUCCUUAUUAUCAAAACAAUCCAUAAAAAGUUCGACAAGUCUGUACAAUGUUCGUCUAAAGAUAGAUAUUAGGUGAAUCUGCGCAAACUCAGAAAACCUUCGCGAAGGUCGAAGUGGCAUUACUUUGUUUACAUCGGUGCCAUGCUAGUCCUCUUGUUGUGUUGGUUGAGAUUAGUUUCGUAAUAUUGUGUUGAAACCGCUAAGACAACACGCACAUAUGAGGAAGUCUGAUAAAAAAAUAAAAUCAGACCGAAUCAAUGCUCUUAGGAAACAAUAUGAUGCUUUUCUUGAAGAGGACAAGAGACGUAAAGAGAGGAAUGAAUAUAUUCUUGGCAAAUUGGACAAAAUGCGAUAUUGUACAGCAGUGGUGCAGCUUAGACAUAAGCCCAACAUGGACUCUAGUAGAGAAGUCUAUCCAAUAUCGCCGCGACAACAGGACAGCCAGUUAAAACUGUCUCCCACAACCCGAGAUUUCCUUCCAUUAAAUGUACCUAGAACACAGAUAAUAGAAAAAACUCUGCUUCAAGAAAUUAGUAAAAAAUAUAUAUUAAUUCCAAAGAAUAGACCUGGCUUUGACAGUCAGUAUGCUCAAACUGUAAAAACAUAUGCAGAGGAUGAUUGGAAAAGUAAAUAUGAUAUUUUAGAACAAUUGAAAAAUGAUGAAAAGGAUUCUGAUAUAUCUUCGUGCAGAGGAGUAAAGUAUCGACCUGAAAAUAAUAUUGUUCAAGGAAAGACUCAAUAUGAUUUUACUGAUAUAAGUAAUGAAAAAGAACAACCAAUAUCAGAAUAUAAAGAAGACGAACCGGAAAAAGAUCAGGACAAAAAAUCUCAUGAUUAUCAAUUACACCAAGAGUUAGAUAACGAUAACAUUAAUUAUAGCGAAUAUAACCAAGACAAUCUAAAUACUAUAACAGUGAGUAGCGAGAAUGUCACAAAAAAGGAAAUAGAAGAAAUACCCUAUAAAACUUAUGACAAAAUAAAGAACGAUCUUCCAGAUAAUGUACGUCAGAAUGAAGAGCAAAACCAAGUAUUUUGUGAAACAAAGUUCGAGGAAAAAAUUGAAUCGAUUUCUAAACUUGACAAUGCCCAAGAAAAGAACCCGGAAUGGGAUACUCAUGAAGAUUUAAAAAGUGAUUUAAAUAGUGACAACAAUCUAAAACUUGAGAAUACAAUACAUGAACAAUAUUUACCUACGAAAGAGAUAGUUUACAAGCCCGAUACAGAAAAAGUUACAAUUUCAAAUGAGGGUGAAGUAGCUUCAACACCGAAUAUAAAUGAUGACAAUUUCAUUAAAAUGACAAGUAAUGACUCAUUUGAAGAACAAGUAGUCACUGAAUAUCCAAUUGAGACCGUAAACGUUCAAGAUUAUACGCCCAAUAACGAUUUGAAAUUAGAAGAAGAUCCGAACAUCAAAAUAGAAGAAAAUACUGACGUGAUUAAUAACUUCGAACCUACAAAUCAAUACGAUCCUAAUUCAACUACUGUAGCUGAAAAUAUGGAAAAUCCUUUAGAUUCGUCAGGUAUAGAAGCUUUUGACGCCGAACAAAGGGAAUUGUUCUAUUCCGAACAGACGCACCAAGAUUAUGUCUAUAACCAAGAUGAAGACGCGAAUGUCUACAAUCAAGAUUAUGUAUCGCAAAAUGAAAACUAUCAAGACAAUCAGGGAAAUGGUUACUAUGAAGGUGCUGAUACUGAACAAGUUUAUUCAGCGGAAAUUAAUGACAAUGAAGAAACGUCACAACGUUAUGAUCCAAAUUAUGAACAGCAAUAUGGGCCUUAUGAACCACAACAAGAACAACAAGGAUACGAACAACAAUAUAUUGAACCACAAGAGUAUGUUGGGCCACAAGAAUAUGAAUCAGAAACUAGACAAGAACUAACUCAACAAGAAUACUAUCAGCCACAAUUUGAAGAACAACAUCUUGAAACCCAAGAGACUAUAGAACAACAACUGGACAAUGAACAAGGUUAUGUAGAAAAACAAAAUGAAUAUGUUGAAAUAAGCAAUGUUGAAAAACCUGAAAAAUUGUAGAUCAAAUAAAGUACAUAG